UGCAAUGCUUUUACCUACCAACAGAUGCCACAAUAUUCACUGUCAAUAGUUUUUCAUUGGUUAUUUUCCUUGUCUUGAAAGUCAAAACUAAAGUGGCCAUCAUGGCGAAUCCAAGAAAGUUUAGUGAGAAGAUCGCUUUACACAAUCAAAAACAAGCAGAAGAAACGGCCGCUUUCGAGCAGAUAAUGAAAGAAGUUUCAGAUGCGACCAGUAAGGUGAAUGCUCUUCCUAAGCAGCAUCUUCUCAUUAAUCAAUCUCGAGAAUGCUUCCUUGGGGGCUCUUUGCCCAAUGUCAACCACAUAGGAAGUGAUUCAGUAGAUUUGAAGAGUGCUCUUAGCAGCCUAGAGGAAAUGAAGGCAGGUCGAGGUGACGGGACAUAUCAGGAACGAGGUCGGAGAAUGGGCGUGGGACCAAUGCGGUCUCGUCCUGCAGAGAAACGCAUUGACACGUCUCCAUAUAGCAGUUCAACGUACCUAUCACCUCCACCCGACACUAGCUGGAGACGCACAAAUUCGGAUUCUGCCCUGCAUCAGAGCGCUAUGGCCACUACUACAGAAGCUGGUCUAUCCUCGCAGAGGAGAGUUGCUGAUGGUUCAUUGUUGGGCUUAGUGGUUGUUGACCCAGCUGAUUCUAACCGAAAACCUAUUUCGACAACAGUUGAUGGUCGACCACGUUCAAGCUGUGAAGUUCCGAGAGUACCUGGAAUAAACAUCUACCCCUCACAGCAUGAACCUGGGACAGUACAAAUCCCUAUUGGCAACAAUACAGGAUCAUUGCCAGACCUCACGAGUUUCCAUUUCCCACCGCCUCUCCCAACGCCUCUUGACCAAGAAGACCAUAGCAGCUCUCCGUAUAGCACAAGUCCACAGGGUGCCAGCCCUUCAACUCUUUCCCCAACAAGUCUCGCAUCGAGGCCCACGGGUCGGUUUUCAUUCACUGGUUCGCCUCAAGACUCCCAAGGUCCUAGUCCGGGCCAUUCACCCAGUGCAAGACGAAGGCAUUAUCACCAGCCUCAUCUGCAGAACCUUGUCAUGGGUGGCCCACAGAGUCCUGGUUCACUAGCGCAGGCUACGAAUCACCUUUCUGUGCCAUCACAUGUGAAUUCAAGGUACCUUCACACAUGUAAGGGUGUGACAGUUGAUAGCACAACAGUACCACUGGACAACUUUUCCCAGCAGCAGGGCCAGUAUAUUUACCAGCAACCCCAGCAAGUACAACAGGCACAAGCACAGCCACCAUCACCUCAGCAGCAGCAGCAGCAGCAAAUGCAGCAGCAGACGCAACAACAGUCACCUCAACAACAGGCAUCUCCACUUGGCAGUCCGAAUCUUGUUUCAAAUUCGAAGCCUAUGCCAUCUGUGAACCAUGCACAUUUGAAUUCCUUGAACACGUAUCGAAGCCCGCAGCCUCUCACUAGGCCCAGUCCCCAGACAUCCCCUGGUCUUCUGGUACAGGGUGCAAAUGUUUACCGAAGUGCAAGCCCGGGAGACACUAGCCAUAGUGGGCCUCAGAGUCCAGUAUCGCCUGCCAGCUCACCAGGAAUUGGGCCCAGCACCAGCCCUUUCCUUGACCACAACAGCUAUGGCUUCACGCAAGCUCAGGCAAAUGCAUUGCAGCAGCACUUUGAGCAAUUCAGUAUGGUGGACAAUCCUGUACCUACAAGCAUCAGUUACAUAAAUUCACAACAGAGUAACACAACUAACUACUCACAGGCAAUCAACCACGGAAGCCCAGUAGAAGAGAGCUCUGGUCUGACACAGAUCAGCAGCCAAGAACUGAAUGCAGCUGACCAUGGUUACUACAGCCAGUCCCCAUCACAACUUCAUUACAACCGUCCAGUGGCAGUCAACCCCAGUGGUGGUAGUACCCAACAGACAACACCACAGACACCAAAUACACCCUCCAGUAUUCCUGAUAUUAUUCUAACAGAUUUUUCAUCAAGUACAGGUGAUGACCUCUCGAGGCAAGAAUUUGUUAAGGAUUUGGGUUCUGCCAUGUCGGGCUCUUUUGAUGACUCUGAGCUCUUCCCCUCAGAUGAGACCCUUCGUGAAGGACUAGAUCCAAUUGACUUUGAUGGUCUUCAGAUGUUAACAGAUCCCGAUAUGAAUGUGAUAACAGAUCCUUCAACAGAAGACAAUUUCCGGAUAGACAGGUUGCAGUAGUGAUACAGUUAUCUUCAACCAACAUAUUUGUCCUUACCAAAGUGUUGUUUGUGUGCAUGUCAGGUGAGUGACCAUUUCCAUUGUGUGCCAUUUACAGUGUUUAGCUCCAGGUUGAAACAGACAGAUCAGCACAUGAUGCACAACAUUACAGACAACAUUGAAGUAGUCCCUUGAAUCCAAAGAUUUGCUUGUUUUGUACUUUCUUACAUAUACUUAGAUGUAGAAAACUGUACCAGUCAUUGAGAUUAACCAACAUUCCAGAGAAAUAACUGUUGGUUUAUGUUCUGUUAUUUUGUAGUUUUUACAAUUGGAUUGAAAUACAGUUGACUUUUAUAAUUGGAUUGAAAUACAUCCUACAAGGAAAAUACAAGAUUGUGAAUGUAUAUUGAAAAACCUCUGGGAUUUGUUUAAUGUUUUCUGUGAAUGUCUACUGUCAUGCAGCAUUAUCUCCAAUCCACAUGUCACAUCUUGUAAUAUGUGAUUAGGGAGAGGGCUGUUAGUGGUUCUCUGACCUUUAUUGAGGUAAUACUUGAGUGAAUUUAACAUACUGUAAACGUGAAGUGCGUGUGCUAAUGUAUCAUUGGAAACUAUCUGCGGAACGUAGAAAACAACUCUCUGCAAUAUGUGUUUAGUAUGUACAAUUUAAAGCGAUUUUUGAAAAAGACAUUCUGCAGGAUUUUUUAUAUCUUACAUAAAAAUGAUAUUGUGUACCUAUCAGAUGUGCUGCUGAGACAUGAAUUUUCAUGUCGAAAUGCCAGCAAGUCUCAUGAAUUUUAAAUUGCUGUGUGUUUGAAUGUGACUGAUACGUUAAGUGUAUUUGAUCUGAUUUUAUUUGAGAGCUAUUGUGUAACAUUAACAUGACCGCAACUGUUUUUAUUAUGUUAGAUUGCAUCUGGCCUAUAUUGUUAUAUAAAUAGUUGUAGGUAAUGACUUCCACAUGUUGUGUACCAUUGUAUAAUUGUAAGACAUUGACAAAAUGCUGCACUGCCAUCCAAUAGCAUGCUUUUCUUAGUAUCUCUGAGCAAGCACAUUUAAUUCAAGUUGCUAUUUCAUGGUUUACUAUAAUUUACACAGUUUGAAUUUUCAUUCAGAAUAGUACCUGUUACAUAACUUUUAUCAUGCCAUGAUAUUUUUUUAAAAAAGUACAUACACAUCUUUUGUCCUUUUUACAUGGUUUUAUUCAUAAACUUUCACAUAUAAGGAAAUUUGUGUUUUCAUUUGUGUGAAAGCAGUGUUCAGCAUAAAACACAAAAGAGAGAUAAUUGUUAAUAUGUGUAGAUUGUAAGCAUUGUAUAAAAUGUAUUUCCACUGUAAAUAUGGCUGAUUUUCUUCGAAAUUCAUUGUGGCUUACAUUUUCUAUAAUAAUUAUCAUGUUAAUGUUUACAUUACCUGAUACUAUACACAGAUUUAUGUGAUAAAUGGAAGCUUACAAGUAAAAUCAGAUUCAAGAUAUUUCAUCAGCAUAUGCUACUGUUUUUAAAAUUUUUGAUAUAAACUUGUAAAUUGUUAGUAUAUUUAUUGUUACACAGUUAAGAUUUAUUCUCUUCUUUGACUGUUUUUCCUUUUGCACCUAGAGUGGGAAGUCUGUCUGUGUGUGUGUGUGUGUGUGUGUGUGUGUGUGUGUGUGUGUGUGUGUGUGUGUGUGAUGAACUGCAUAUGUAGAAGUUGCCAAAAUUAUUUCUUUAUUGCCUCACUUGAACAAUUGUUGAUUCAGAGUUAAUGGGAAAUACGUUAUGAGACACAUCAGACUAUAAUGCUAAAUUUGAAGUGUUACAUGUUUAACUGUCUCUCUCUCUCUCUUUCUCUCUCUCUCUCUCUCUUUCUCUCUCUCUCUCUCUCUCUCUCUCAGCAGACAUUUAUUAAAUUUGUUGAAAUAUUCUGUAUUAUUUAAAACUAAUAGUUAACAAAGAACUAUAUUGUUACUUAUUUGCAAAAUUAUAAACAAUUUGGUAGGAGUACCUACUAAAUAAAUAGGUUUAUGGAAAUAUUUGCACAGAAGAAUCAUUCUUCUGAGUUGAGAAACUGUGAUUUUAUUCUUGUUAAAUGAGUUCAUAUUGUUCUACUAUGUUUAAAUGAAGUUUAUCUGUAAAUUUGCACUGUUACAGAAACUGUGAGUGAGACAUGUUACUUAAUGUAAUGCAUUGUUGCCAAACUGAAGUGAAUCUGUAAAUUGAAUUUUAUUUUUGUAAGUAAUCACAUUUGUGUACUGAAUUUGUUUAAUUUUAUACUUGUUGAUUUCUGUGAAAUUUUAUAUAUAUACAUAAUGUUGAACAUUCGUGCCAAUCUUUAUAAUGUGGGUUUGUCUUUAUUAAAAUUAUAAUCAUCCAUAAGCUUGAAUUUCAGGACAAACUUUGUUAUAUAUGACACAUUUCUACUAUGCAGUAGUGUUUCACUGUCAUCAUUGUAAUAAAUAUGGUUGAAAGUUUAUCCAAAUAGGAAUUUCCUGUCUUGUUCAUACUUCUAUAGGGUAUAGGGGUAAGAUAAAGGAUUUUUCCUAAUCAUAUUUUGGGUAAACUUUAAACACACAAUAUAUCACUGUCAUCUUGUACACUUUCUUUUGUGUGUCCUGUGCAAUUUUCCCUCCUGAAUUAUUCAUUCACUUGUAUUUUGUGUGUUCUCUUGACUCAUAUAAUUUUUAUGUGUAACUUUUUCCAUGUAGUAAUGACUUUUUCCGUCUCAGCAUGGAAUUUAUCUAAUCAAUUCAUUUUCUUAUCUCUGGUGUUUUUUGUGAUGCUUAAUUCAGUGAAUGCUUUAGAAAUUUCAUUACUGAUAUUCCUCUUCACAUGUCAUACUG